AUGCGCUUAAUUAACACGACCAUAUUCGAGCUCAAGGAGUUUGGAGCAAACCCGCCAAAUUAUGUAUGUCACACACGUGGGGUGCAGAAGAAGUCACUUUUCAAGACAUGGCAGACCUGGGCUCUGCCCGUAUGAAAGGCUUCGCCAAAAUCGAACAUUGCUGCCGACAGGCCCUCCGCGACGGCUUGCACUGGGCCUUGGUCGACACCUGCUGCGUUGACAAGACGUCAAGCGCAGAGCUCUCGGAAACCAUCAACUCCAUGUUCAAGUGGUACAGCCGCGCUCUGAAGCGCUAUGCCUUCCUCGAGGAUGGCGGCUGCAGACAUUACCAAACCGCCCCCGAUAAUGUUACCCGAUCGCGAUUCUUUCCAUCUCGCUGGUGGACACGCGGCUGGACGUUGCAAGAGCUGAUCGCUCCCCAUGACGUCGAGUUCUAUAACCGAAGCGUGACUGCAAGCAUUUCAUCAGCCGCGUCUGUAGCACGUAGCGUUCCCGAGUCUAUGUUGAAUCAGUUGAACUUGCUCGGAUCCAUUUGCGCGGCCGACAAGAUAUCUUGGGCGUCAGCAGGCAAGACCACCCGUGAGGAAGAUAUGGCCUAUUGCCUACUCGGCAUAUUGGAUGUGAACAUGCGGUUGCUCUACGGCGGAGGGGGGGAAAGCAUUCCUACGCCUGCAAGAGCAUGUUAUCACUACCACCGAGAGCUACAGUCUGUUUCUGUGGGGGCUGGGGCUCGAGCGCUGGGCGUCCCUGGUCGACUUUUCCUGGUAUGUCGCUGCGUCCGCUUCCUCCGGUCCAUUUGAGACUGCCUUGUCCAGCUGCCCUCGCGAUUUUGCCCGUGGUCAGGCAUGGUCAGACUGGCGACGUAUCGCCGGGGCUGCUUUGACAUCGGGGGGCAGCCUGAGAUCACCAGCCGCGGAUUACGAGUGCCGAUGCUUCUCAAGGCAGUCAUGAGCCGGGACCACAUCAUCGCUCUAUCGUUUGCAUAACGGCUACUUCAAUUUGGUCUUGUGGCCCAACUUUCCAGGUUUCUUGGCGAAGCUUCAACUUGGCCCUGACCGCGACUUCCUUCCCAGCACGGUUUUCCUCGGUU